CCUCAAUCCCCCCCCCCCCCCCCCCACCCCCAGCCUCCAUCAGCGCUGCAGCUGAGGCAGAGCCCUUUCAGAGGGGGUGGGGCCUGUUUCGCUGCAGAGGGAUGCUCCGCAGUCAGUCUGGAAAUCCCUAUUCAUAGCUCUGACUCAAUCAACUCUCCUUUUCCCAUCCGUGCCAAGCUGAACCACGAAACCUGGGAUCAUGUCCUCCAACCUACCCCCAGGGACUGCCGCCGGGGCAAAAAACAAGCCUCUUUCCCCCUUCAGGAAACGGGGCAGCCUGCAGUAUGCAGCCAGCACAGCUGAUCUCCGUGGUGCCCGCCACCUCCUCACUACCCAGCAUUCCUUGCCUGGGAUCCCUGUGGCCUUGAAACAAUCCAUUGACUUGCGUACAUCCAUGGACGGGAAGUACAAGGAGAUUGCUGAGGAGCUUUUCUCCCGCACAUUAGCGGAGAGUGAAAUGCGCAGUGCUCCCUAUGAGUUUCCAGAGGACAGUCCCAUCGAACAGCUGGAGGAGAGACGUCACCGCCUUGAGCGACAGAUCAGCCAGGAUGUCAAGUUUGAACCUGACAUCCUGCUGCGAGCCAAACAGGAGUUCAUGAAGACUGAUAGUGCCACAGAUCUCGAAUACAUGAAGGAGCAGAGCCAAGCUCCUGACCUGCAAGAGAGAGAAGUGGUUCCAGAGAGAGAGUACCAGCGAGUCGCUAUUUCUGGAGAGGAGAAAUGUGGGGUCCCCUUCACAGAUCUGUUGGAUGCAGCUAAAUGUGUGGUGAAGGCUCUGUUUAUCAGACAGAAGUAUAUGGGUCUGUCGCUGCAGAGUUUCUGCAGGACUACGGCUCGUUACCUGCAGGAGCUGAGUGAGAGACCUCUGGACUUAGAAAUCUAUGAGGAGGAGAUCGCAGAAACAGCAGCCAUUGCAGAUGCCUCAAUGCACCCACCUGUUUCUGAAACACACCCCUAUGAGAACACGGACCCCGCCAGCAUGCCCCAUGAUUUGGGUUACGGCUGCAAGAUGGUGGACGGUGUCAUGCAUGUGUACACGACGAGGAACAUUAUGGAAAAGAGCACAGAGCUGGACCUGCCGUAUCCAGACCUGCAGGAGUACAUCGCCGAUAUGAACGUCAUGAUGGCCCUCAUUAUCAACGGACCAGUAAAGUCCUUCUGCUACCGACGUCUGCAAUAUCUUAGCUCCAAGUUCCAGAUGCACAUCCUGCUGAAUGAGAUGAAAGAGCUGGCAGCGCAGAAGAAAGUCCCACAUCGAGACUUUUACAAUAUCCGUAAGGUUGACACACACAUUCAUGCUUCAUCCUGCAUGAACCAGAAGCAUCUUCUGCGGUUUAUUAAAAGGGCCAUGAAGAAGUAUCCUAAGGAGAUAGUGCAUGUGGAAAGAGGCAAGGGUCAGACGCUGAUGGAGGUGUUUGAGUCCAUGAACCUGACAGCCUUUGACCUGAGCGUGGACACCUUGGACAUGCACGCAGACCGUAACACUUUUCAUCGUUUUGACAAGUUCAAUGCCAAAUACAACCCCAUUGGCGAGUCCAUCCUGAGAGAGAUCUUCAUCAAAACAGACAACUACAUUGAGGGGAAAUACUUUGGCCACAUUAUUAAGGAGGUGAUGGCAGACCUGGAGGAGAGUAAGUACCAGAACGUGGAGCUCAGGCUGUCCAUUUAUGGACGCUCCAGGGACGAGUGGGACAAACUGGCCAAGUGGGCCGUCAAAUAUCGGGUCUACUCCGGCAAUGUGCGCUGGCUUGUUCAAGUUCCACGACUCUUUGACGUCUACCACACAAAGAAACAGCUGUGCAACUUCCAAGAGAUGCUGGAGAACAUCUUCAUGCCUCUGUUCGAGGUGACAGUCGACCCUGGCAGCCACCCGGAGCUGCACCUCUUCCUUCAGCACGUUGUGGGUUUUGACAGCGUGGAUGACGAGUCCAAACCAGAGCAACAUAUCUUCAACCUGGACAGUCCGCUGCCAGUCAACUGGACAGAGGAGGACAACCCGCCCUACUCCUACUACCUCUACUAUAUGUAUGCAAACAUGACCGUGCUGAAUCACCUGCGCAGGCAGCGGGGGUUCCCCACGCUGGUCCUUCGUCCUCAUUGUGGGGAGGCGGGGCCGAUCCAUCACCUGGUGUCUGGUUUCAUGCUGUCAGAGAACAUUUCCCACGGGUUGCUGCUCAGGAAGGCUCCUGUGCUGCAGUAUCUUUACUACUUGGCCCAGAUAGGUAUCGCCAUGUCCCCUCUCAGCAAUAACAGCCUGUUCCUCAGCUACCACCGUAACCCUCUGCCAGAGUACCUGUCCAGAGGCCUCAUGGUCUCUCUAUCCACAGACGACCCUCUGCAGUUUCACUUCACCAAGGAACCCUUGAUGGAAGAGUACAGCAUUGCUGCUCAGGUGUGGAAGCUGAGCUCCUGCGACAUGUGUGAGCUGGCCAGAAACAGCGUGCUGAUGAGCGGAUUCUCUAAUAAGGUGAAGAGUUCCUGGCUCGGCACACAGCACGUAAAGGAGGGGCAGGAGGCUAACGACAUCAGGCGCACCAAUGUUCCUGGCAUCCGUGUGGCAUACCGCUACGAGACCAUGUGUGAGGAGUUGACUUUAAUCACAGAGGCCAUCAGCACAGACGAGCUGGAGACCAUCGAGGAGGAGGGCAGUCUGUGCAUGGGGGCAGUGCAAGCAGAGAAGUGAAAAUGCAGCACAACACAAACAAAAUUCUCGCUACAUUCCCUAUUUCACAUCAGGACUAUGUACAGAUUUGCACAUAAACAUAUCACACGUGUGAAAAGAGAAAAGCUUUGUUACAAGAAGAUUAUGAGAUAUGCUACUAUGGCAAUAUGAGAGAAGAACUACAAUCUGUGUAGCCAAGGUGUUUACUUCCUUUGGUGUCUUGUGUCUUGUUUGUUUAAUUCGUCAUGGUGAUUUCAAGGUGUCUCUUGAUGUAUUUAUUUUUAAAUUAUUCGAUUUUCAUGGUUUGCGACUACAUUUUGUCAGAGUAUCCGUACAAAGUCUGUUGUUUCUCUACCAAGCAUUGAAUAACAUUCACGACUCAUUAAAUACAACUCUUGAAUAAAAUGUAUAAAUCAGAUCCAACACUGACCAAUUAAUUACAUACAGGGCUACCACUGAGGACACUGAGGUCAGGCAUGAGAAGUUUACCGUCUGCAGUUAAAAACAUACACAUGGUUGGCAUUUUCUAAGGCAGAUUCCAGUAUUUAUAGACUUAGCAUUUUUAAAUUUAUCUACAUUUAGCCCCUAAAAAUUUACAAAUGUGCAACAUGGAGGUCUACAACUAAUGGCCUCAGUAUUUCUAAAAACCUGGCUAUGGCCAAGACUACUCACCUAGUUAAAGUUUUGCAGAGUUUGAUAAAUGUCAUGCAAAAAAACAACCUUUAAAGAAUAUUCAUAAAGUCAAAUUAGAAACAUUGUAUACAUUUUUGUCUUUUUGGUUGACAUUUUCUUGUGUAAUUAUCCACAAUACCUCAUGCUGUGUUACUGGCGAGAAAAAUCUCCAUCUUCCAUAUUCCUGCUCCUGGUAAUGACAUGAACAAAGUUUUCCCACAACUGUUUUGUGUCAUAUUAUUGCUGUUUUUUUAUUGUUUUUUUACAGUCUUUAAAGUUAUUGCAUGAUGGUACGUCAAUAUUUGUUUCUGCUGUGCAGUAAUGCUACUCUGCUGUAGCAUCUUCUAUACUAACUCUUAUUUUGUGACAUUGUUUCUCCUGAACUGUAACUAAUUGGAUACUAUCUGUCCUUUAACACAGAUAUUUAAAGUACAGUGAAUAAUGCAUGAUCUGUUCCUUCAGUUGACACUCCUUGGUGCCAAAUCUAUGAAUAAACAUAUUUUCUAUAGAACUGAAAGUCAACUAACUGGAUAAACCCCUGCCUUUAGUUUGGGUCCUGAUGUUGUUUGUGAGGCUACUUGUUGCUGAUUAAAAGAACUGCGUGUCCCUCCCAGAGAAUUAUAUGUGCUGUUUGUGAAAUAUUAUUUAAUUGCAUUUGUGUCUAAAAAAAUAAAUGUUGUUCACAUUGGA